GAGGGAAAGGACCGGAAGUAUGGAAGUUAACGGCAGCAGAGGUCAGCUUGGAAUGCAAAGGUCAUUGCCAUUAUGGCCUUUAAACUUUUGACCCCCCAACUCUCACAGAGAACAGUUCUGACAGCUUCCAUUUACUGUGCAACAUUGCUGCUGAUACACCAUCAAUGAGAUAACCGCAGCUGGUCCUUCUGCAGGUCGCCACCUUCAAUCUAUCACCAAGGAGAUGAGGAUGCUCAUCUCUUUUGCAUCCGUACUGUUGGCCGCAGCACUGACUCGUGAGGGCAGGGCCCAAGACCUGCAUGACAACAGAAAGACUCGCACAAAACCGUUGGCUGCAACUAUUUACGAUGGACAAGCCAUCCUGGAUGAGGACUGCAGCCUGGAGCUGUCCUUCCUGUUGGACAGCUCUGAGAGUGCCAAGGACAACCACGAACAGGAGAAGCAGUUUUCCAUGAACUUGGUGGAGAAACUCCAUGGCCUGAAGCUAAGUACAGGCCGCAGACUGAGCCUGCGGGUGGCGCUGCUCCAGUACAGCAGCCACGUCAUCACAGAGCAACGGUUCAGCGACUGGAGGGGCUUGGAGAACUUCAAGAACCACGUGGUUCCCAUCGUCUACAUCGGCCACGGCACCUACACCACCUACGCCAUCACCAACAUGACCAAGAUCUACCUGGAGGAGUCCAUCUCAACCGGCGUCAAAAUAGCCGUGCUCCUCACUGACGGUUCCGCCCACCCGAGGAACCCCGAUAUUUUCUCCGCCGUCGCCGAUGCCAAGAACCAGGGGAUUAAGUUCUUCACUCUUGGUAUCACCCGGACUGCCAACGAGCCGGCAAAUGUGGCUCAGCUCCGCCUCCUCGCCAGCUCUCCUACUUCCCACUUCCUCCACAACCUGCAGGACACGAACAUAGUGGAGAAAAUGGCCUCCAAGAUUAGUGACCUGGCAGAUGAAGGAUGCCCUCUGGCUCAGAAAUGUGCUUGUGAGAAAGGCGAGAGGGGGCCCAGCGGGCCUGCGGGGAAGAAAGGUCGCUCUGGAGAAGAUGGCGCCCCGGGCCAGAAAGGGCAGAAGGGUGAAGCAGGUCUUGGUGGUCUACCCGGACAACAAGGGGCUGAGGGAAAACCAGGUUAUAAAGGAGAUAAGGGCGAAAGGGGAGAAUGCGGCACUCCAGGAAUCAAAGGAGACAGGGGUCCUGAGGGUACAAUUGGUGUAAGAGGACUGAGGGGGCUACAGGGGCUACCGGGACCACAUGGAGACGUCGGGCCAGCGGGCCCGCAGGGAAAGCAGGGGGAACGUGGACCACCCGGCCCUGCAGGAAUUCAAGGGGAAACUGGCAUUGGGCUACCAGGACCUAAAGGUGACAUGGGAUUCCACGGCCGGCCAGGUCCUCCUGGUCCUCCAGGACUUGGUGAACACGGCCCACCUGGACCCCAAGGACCACAAGGUGUCCAAGGCGAAAAGGGACCUCAGGGUGAGGGCUUUCCUGGACCAAAGGGGGAUCGAGGGCUGCCUGGACCUAGGGGCUCGAGAGGACAGCAGGGGGUCGGACUUAAAGGAGAACGGGGUGAAUUGGGGCCUGCAGGACCUCCAGGACCCACUGGGCUGACAGGAGUGGGCAUCCAGGGCGACAAGGGAGUGGAAGGUCCAAGGGGUCCGCCAGGAGGACGAGGGAUCCCAGGAGAAGGUUUGCCAGGACCAAAGGGGGACCAAGGUUUACCUGGAGAGCAAGGAUCUCCAGGAGAGAGAGGCAUUGGUGAACCGGGUCCAAAGGGAGAACCUGGAUCUGCUGGUUUGGGCGGCUUGCCGGGUCUUCCAGGAGAAGAUGGAGCCCCAGGGCAGAAAGGUGAGCCUGGGUUUCCCGGUUCAAGAGGUUCUGAGGGACCUCCAGGUGUUGGCACUCAAGGAGAGAAGGGAGACCAGGGUCUGAGGGGCAUUCGUGGGUUACAUGGACCUCCAGGGAUCUCAGGACCAUCUGGACCAAAGGGCGAACGUGGGGUGCCAGGUCUGCAGGGCAAUCCAGGGCAGCCAGGACGAUCCAUAACCGGUCCAAAGGGGGAUCUAGGUCCUUCUGGUCCACCUGGACCAAUUGGAGAAACAGGCCUUGGGCUUCCAGGUCCGAAGGGGGAUCGAGGUCUUAGCGGUCCACCUGGUCCAGUUGGCCCAAAAGGCGAAGGCAGCCCUGGUCCUUUGGGCCAACCAGGCUUACCGGGUUUACCAGGAGAGCCUGGACCAGAAGGAAUAGGAAUUCCAGGACCUAAGGGUGACGUUGGCUUUAGAGGAUUACCAGGAUUGCCCGGCCCACCUGGAGAGGGAAUACAAGGCCCCCCAGGUAAUGUUGGGAGACCAGGACCUGCUGGCCCACAUGGACCUCCAGGAGAGGGUAUUCAAGGACCCAAGGGUGAUCCAGGAUCCCAAGGUAUGACUGGACAUCGAGGGCCACCGGGAGAUGGAUUACCAGGAGCUAAAGGUGACCGUGGCGCUCACGGAGAGAGGGGGGUGAAAGGUGCCAAGGGAGAUUUAGGAGAUAUUGGACUUCCUGGUGAAGCAGGAAGAGCAGGAACAAAAGGAGAACCAGGCCUCACAAGAGAGGACAUUAUAAAGCUCAUUAAAGAAAUAUGCGGAUGUGGUGUCACGUGCAAAGAAAGGCCAAUGGAACUCGUCUUUGUGAUCGACAGCUCCGAAAGCGUCGGUCCUGACAACUUUGAAAUCAUCAAAGACUUUGUCACCCGACUGGUUGACGGGACCACAGUGGGACGCAACGCGACAAGAAUCGGCCUGGUCCUCUACAGCCUGGAUGUGCGCCUGGAGUUCAACUUGGUCCGCUACACGAACAAAGAACACGUGAAGCAGGCGAUCCGAAGGAUUCCUUACAUGGGGGAGGGCACCUACACUGGCACCGCCAUCAGGAAGGCCACCCAAGAGGCCUUCUUCAGCGCUCGGCCUGGAGUCAGGAAGGUCGCCAUCGUCAUCACCGACGGCCAGACGGACAAGCGAGAGCCAGUGAAACUUGACAUUGCCGUGAGAGAGGCUCAUGCUGCUAACAUUGAGAUGUACGCGCUGGGGAUCGUCAACUCUUCCGAUCCAACGCAGGCGGAGUUUCUGAGGGAACUCGACCUGAUUGCGUCGGAUCCUGACAGCGAACACAUGUACCUGAUUGAUGAUUUCAACACCUUACCAGCACUGGAGUCUAAACUGGUCAGCCAGUUCUGCGAGGAUGAAAACGGCGCCCUCAUCUACAAUCGAGUAGCAAAUGGCCACUGGAAUGGCCACAACGGGCUAAGUCGGAAUGGGAACAAUGGGAACGGGGAGCACGGCAACGGGUACCAUCCUAAUGCUUAUGGAACCAAUGGUAACACGCACCAACAGGAAGUAACAAGUCUGAGAAGGACCAAUAGCCGAGGCCGCGGUGACACUUUUACGCUGCCCAUCAGUGCUGAUCCACUCCCGAUUCAGGUGGUGGAAGAUGAAGAUGGGGACGAUUUAGAUUUAAGAGCCCACGUGAGGGCCGGCAGCACUGUGGCUGUCGUGAACAAAACAUCGUUGUUGCAUGUGAAGGAAAGUUCUAUCUCCAAUGAGGCCGUCUUAUCAUCAUCAUCAUCAACAGGAUCCUCAUCCAUCCCGGGUUCUGGUCCCUCCCUAAACGCCAAUCAGUGGAAGCCAGCAGUCCCGCCAGAAAGUGAAAAGGUCUCCAUUCGUCAUUCCCGCUGUGACCUCAGCUUAGACCAAGGAACGUGCAGGGAAUACAGCAUCCACUGGUACUACGACAAGCAGGCUAACGCCUGUGCACAGUUUUGGUACGGAGGCUGUGCCGGGAAUGACAACCGUUUUAAAUCAGAAGACGAAUGCAAGAAGACUUGUGUUCGAUUGAGAACAGCAGGAUAAAAGAAGACAAAACCUGAGCGUUCAAGAUUAUAACCAAAUCUGUAGCAUUACUAUGUUUUCAUUUCAAAGCAGUAUGGAAACAGCAGUAUCCUAAAAGCAUGUCAAAUAUUUCUACCAAAUAAAUGACCGGUUUUGUAAUACCGCCAUGCAAAGUGUAAUGUACAGCAUCUACAUCGACUGUAAUGUACAACAUCUACAUCGACUGAAUCUGUGAGUGAGAUCUUUCUUGAACUGAGACAAGUUUCAUUGGCAGCUACAAGACCCUUUUCUACCGUCUACUGUGAAGUUGAAGUGCUUCAAAUCAGAUUUGGCUGUUUGUGACUACUGUAUUUGAAUAAAUGAUGAGUCUGUUUUUAUUAAUAAAAGAAU